AUGUUUGCCCCUGCUUGUACCCCAAAAUCCCAUCUCGGCCGUUACCGUCUCCUCGCCCCCACUGCCAGCGUUAAGGUCAGUCCAUUAUGCUUAGGUGCAAUGAACUUCGGUGAAGGCUGGAAAGAACGACUCGGCGAAUGCAACAAGGAUACAUCUUUCAAGAUCCUCGACACAUACUACGGCAAUGGGGGCAAUUUUAUUGACACAGCCAACGAUUACCAAAACGAAGAUUCAGAGAAAUGGCUCGGCGAGUGGAUGGAAGCUCGCGGUGUACGUGAUCAGAUUGUUCUCGCCAGCAAGUAUACCACUGGCUACCGCACCCAUGUUCCAUCUGAGAUUCAGGCAAACUUUGUCGGUAAUAAUGCCAAAAGUUUAAAGCUGUCGGUUGAUGCUAGUCUCAAGAAGCUCAGAACGGACUAUAUUGAUCUGCUCUAUGUCCACUGGUGGGAUUUUAGCACCUCCAUUGAAGAAGUCAUGACCUCACUCAAUCAGCUGGUCCUAUCCGGAAAAGUGCUCUACCUAGGCAUCAGCGAUACACCUGCCUGGGUCGUGGUGAAAGCAAACCAAUACGCCCGCUACCACGGCCUACGGCCUUUCUCCGUCUACCAAGGCAGAUGGAAUGCCGCGGCACGCGACUUCGAGCGAGACAUCAUCCCAAUGGCCGCAUCUGAAGGGAUGGGUCUUGCACCCUGGGGCGUAUUAGGGCGUGGCAACUUCAAAAGUCAAGCGCAAUGGGAAGAAUUUUCCAAAUCAAAGAGCCCUGGGCGCGGCAGCACAGCUACGGAUCAAGAAAUUGCGGUGUCGAAAGUUCUUGAGAGUGUCGCAAAGCGACACGGGGCGGCGAUGACAAGUGUGGCGCUGGCAUAUGUCCUGCACAAGGCGCCUUAUGUAACGCCUAUCAUCGGCGGGCGGAAGGUUGAGCACUUAGAGAGUAACAUCCAGGCCCUUGGGCUUGAUUUGUCGGAUGAGGAUAUCAAGGAGAUUGAGGGGGCCUAUGAGUUCGAUAUUGGGUUCCCGAUGAAUUUCUUAUUCCGUGGAGAGACCAAGGAGGCGCAUCCUCGUAAUUCGACGCUUCUUAACUCAGCCGCUAAGUUUGAUUACCCUGAUUUGAUCUCCACCAUGGAGUCUAAGAUCCCCGACUUCUUGCUCGAGCAGCAAGCACAAGGAAGCCCGGAGACACAACCCUACUUCCUCACCUUCGAAGAUUACUGGGAGCGCAAACUAUGGCACCAGCUUACAGACUCGUUGGUCGAGUUCUUCCGCAUGCCAGAGAGUGCUCCGCAUCGCUUAGCCCUGUUUAAGACAUUCGUGCUCAGUUUCGCCGACCGAAUCAACCAGCUCAAGUUUGUGUCGCUGGGAUUGAUGGCAGCAACAGAAUGCGCAGAUGACCAAGAACGACUAGCUUUCCUCACAUCCCUCGCCAACAAGACGGAUACGCCCGACACACAGGAUGCAUAUGUCUACGCGCUCGCUGACGUGGCCAACGUCAAGCUAUCGCUGAAGCAUCUGGAAGGAGCACAGACGGAUCUGGCCACCUGCCAGCGGGUGCUAGACACGUUCGACUCGGUCGAGACUGUUGUGCACGCGUCAUUCUACAAAGUGAAUGCGGACUACUACCACGCUAAGCAAGAAUUCGCCUCCUUCUACAAAAACGCCCUCCUCUACCUCGCCUGCAUUGACCUGGAAGAACUCACCGAGACCGAGCGCGCAUCGCGCGCGUACAACCUCAGCGUGGCGGCCUUGGUAUCAGACACGAUCUACAACUUCGGAGAGCUCCUCCUGCACCCAAUUCUGGACUCGCUGACCCAGACCCCGCACAACUGGCUCCGCGACCUUCUCUUCGCCUUCAACAAGGGCGACCUGACUGCCUACGAUGUGCUGGCCGGUAACAUCAGCAAGAACAAGCUGCUGGAGUCACACCGGGUAUUCCUGUACCAGAAGAUCUCGCUCUCGGCACUGACGGAGAUGGUCUUCCACCGUCCCCCUCAUGACCGCUCUCUCUCUUUCCAGGCUAUCGCGUCCGAGACCAAGGUGCAGCCGGAUGGGAUCGAACAUCUCGUUAUGAAGGCUUUGUCGCUGGGUUUGCUGCGUGGGUCUAUUGAUCAAGUUGCCCAGGUUGCACAGAUCCACUGGGUUCAGCCCAAGGUUCUGGAUAUGAAGCAGAUUGAUGGCAUGCGAAACCGUCUUAAGGAAUGGGAUGCUGGUGUUAAUCAGCUCGGUCACUGGAUCGAGGGGGCUGGUAAGGAUGUUUGGGCUGCAUAG